CACACAGAGGCACAGAAAAGCUACCAAAGCAAUCUGAAAAUCAGCUGUCUCCGAAUAUUUGUGGUUUUUAUUUUUUGUUUUUGCGCGAUAAAAAGGGCCAUAAAUGCUUUUCCAUCGCUAGAUAAAUAGUGCCGAGUGUGGAACUAGCAUUUGACCGUCGAAUAUGGAGAGCUUGCAGGUAAAUACGAGCAGCGGACCGGUGCGCGGAAAACUGUGCACAGGUGUUUACGGCGACGAGUACGUCAGUUUCGAGCGGAUUCCGUAUGCGAAGCCACCAGUGGGUCCGCUCCGGUUUAUGGCACCGCUGCCCGUGGAGCCCUGGACUGAACCACUGGAUUGUACGGAAAAAGGCCAAAAACCUCUACAGUUCAACCACUACACAAAGCAGCUGGAGGGCGUCGAGGAUUGCCUGCACCUGAAUGUCUACGCUAAGGAGCUUAACUCGGCAAGUCCACUGCCGCUGAUUGUCUAUUUCUUUGGCGGUGGUUUUGAGAAAGGCGAUCCCACCAAGGAACUGCAUAGUCCAGAUUAUUUUAUGAUGCGCGAUGUGGUGGUGGUGACGGUUUCCUAUCGCGUGGGUCCCCUGGGAUUCCUGAGCCUAAACGAUCCCGCUGUCGGAGUGCCCGGAAAUGCUGGCCUCAAGGAUCAGCUCCUGGCGUUGCAAUGGAUCAAAAAGAACGCGGCGAACUUCAAUGGGGAUCCCAAUAACGUGACCGCCUUCGGGGAAAGUGCUGGAGCAGCCUCGGUCCAUUAUUUAAUGCUGAAUCCCAAGGCAGAGGGUCUGUUCCAAAAGGCCAUCAUGCAGUCGGGCAAUGUGCUCUGCUCCUGGGCCCUCUGUCCCAUCAAGAAUCUGCCCCACCGGCUGGCUGCCAAUUUGGGAAUGGAUAGUGCCGAGCAUGUGACCGAUGCCAUGGUUUUAAACUACCUACAGAGUUUACCGGGGGAGAAACUCGUUCGACCAUACCUACUCAGCGAAGCGGAGCACCUGGACGACUGCGUCUUCCAGUUUGGGCCCAUGGUGGAGCCCUAUAAUACGGAGCACUGUGUGCUGCCCAAGCAUCCGCAGGAUCUGCUGGACAAGGCCUGGGGAAACAGGAUUCCGGUGCUGAUGAGCGGCACUUCCUUCGAGGGACUGCUGAUGUACGCCCGUGUGCAAAUGGCCCCGUACCUGCUGACCAGCCUGAAGAAGGAGCCGGAGCACAUGCUGCCACUGGAUGUGAAGCGGAAUCUGCCCCAUGCACUGGCUCGACAUCUGGGCCAGCGACUGCAGGAGACCCACUUCGGCGGAAGCGACCCCUCGUCCAUGUCGCCGGAAUCCUUAAAGGCUUAUUGCGAGUACGCCAGCUACAAGGUCUUCUGGCAUCCCAUCCUGAAAACGCUGAAGUCCCGCCUUAGCAGCUCCAGGGCGCCUACAUAUUUGUACCGCUUCGACUUCGACUCGCCCACGUUCAAUCACCAGCGAUUGAAGUAUUGCGGCGACAAGUUGCGGGGCGUGGCCCACGUCGACGAUCACUCCUAUCUGUGGUACGGUGACUUCUCCUGGAAGCUGGACAAGCACACUCCCGAGUUCGUGACCAUCGAGCGUAUGAUUGACAUGGUGACGAGCUUCGCAAGGACCUCGAAUCCCAACUGCAAGCAUAUCAAGGAUCAGCUUCCUCGGGCCAAGGAAUGGAAACCCCUAAGCAGCAACUCCGUAUUGGAGUGCCUCAACAUCUCAGAGAACAUUAGGCUUAUAGAGCUGCCUGAGUUGCAGAAGCUAAGGGUCUGGGAAAGUGUCUGUCAAUCAUCGGAUUACGGUCAGAGUAACCUAGCCAUUGUGCCCCCGUUCCGCCACAGAUUCUUUGUUGUAAUAUGUGCUAAUCUUUCUUCUUCAAAAAUAUUAUGGAGAGGGCGUACAUUGGAAACCUGCGAACUAACUCUGCCCCUGGGCAAAAUUAAGGGCGUUAAACGCCUCAGUCUCUACGAUGACACCUACUUUAGCUUCGAGAAGAUUCCCUUUGCGAAGCCUCCACUGGGCGAACUGAGAUUCAAGGCCCCAGAGCCAGCAGAUCCAUGGAGCGGAGUUUUGGAUUGCACCCAGUACGCCGAGAAGCCAACCCAGAGGAAUUUAAUGACUGGAGUUAUCGAAGGCACUGAGGACUGUCUGUAUUUGAAUGUAUAUUCUAAGCAGUUGAAGAGUGACAAGCCAUUGCCGGUAAUGGUAUACAUUUAUGGCGGGGCCUUUACCGUGGGCGAGGCAACCCGUGAAUUAUACGGUCCGGACUAUUUUAUGGCCAAAGAUGUGGUCCUGGUAGUUUUCAACUAUCGCGUGGAUUGCUUGGGAUUUCUUUUACUCAAGGACCGCAGCCUGAAGGUUCCUGGAAAUGCCGGCCUUAAGGAUCAGGUCCUGGCUCUUAAGUGGGUCAAGGAGAACAUUUCCCACUUCAACGGGGAUUCCAAUAAUAUUACGGUGUUUGGAAAUAGCGCCGGCGGUGUUUCUACCCACUUUAUGAUGUGCACGGAGCAGACCAAGGGACUGUUCCACAAGGCCAUUCUAAUGUCCGGUACGGUGCACAACUAUUGGUCCGAUAACCCAAGAGAGGACUUUGCUUUCCGCCUGGCUCAGCAGUAUGGUUUCACUGGCGACAAUAUCGACGCCAAGGUGCUGGAGCACCUUCAGGGUGUUCCUGCCAGAGAUCUAGUGAACCACAAUCUGAUAACACCCGAACAUAGGAGGAACGGAAUGCUCUUUACCUUUGGACCCACUGUGGAGUCAUAUGUGGGCGAGGAUUGUGUGGUUCCCAAACCACCAGUGGAAAUGGCCCGGGAUGCGUGGUCCAACAAUUUUCCCACCAUGUUGGGGGGAACUUCAUUCGAGGGUCUCUUCAUGUAUCCAGAGGUAUCUGCCAAUCUCAAGGCAUUGGAUAGCCUAAGUCAGGAUCCGGCGAGAAUGGUGCCUCUGGAGGUCCGUGAGGUCAACAGUGAGCAGGAGAAUCUGGAGUACGGACAGCGUUUGAUCAAAGCCCACUUUGGAGAUGCCCCACCCAGUUCAAAACUCUUUAUGAAUAUCCUAGAUUAUUAUUCCUACAAUACUUAUUGGCAUGGCUACAAUCGCACUUUGAACUCAAGACUCGCCUACUCAAAGGCACCCACAUAUUACUACCGCUUUGACUUCGAUUCUCCGAACUUCAACUUUUAUCGGCUUAAAUUCUGUGGGGAUAACAUCAAAACUGGUGUGUCCCAUGCGGAUGAACUCAGCUAUUUAUUCCGUAACUCAGGAUCCUGGAAACUAGAAAAGUCAUCUGCCGAAUAUCGCACCAUCGAAAGGAUGAUUGGAAUUUGGACGGCGUUCGCUGCUACCUCCAAUCCGAACUGCCCGGAAAUUGGGAAUUUAGACUGGAAACCAUCAACAAAGGAUGAUCCAGAGCUAGUUUUUAAUAUCAGUAAUGAUGUUCAGAUAAUUAAAUUGCCCGAGUACGAAAAACUUAAAAUUUGGGAUGGCAUCUACAAGCCGGAUCAAUUGAUUUAACUUUAAAGUAAAAAGGAACGCCAUUUGAAUGAUUCUGUCUGUGUCGCAUUUGACAUUUUUAUCUGCAUUUUAAAAUAGCUUUAAAUAAUUGUUUGAUUUUUAAUGUUGAAGACCGAAU